AUGUCUGGAGGAAAUAAUACUACUAAAAAACAACUCAUUGAAAAAAUUGAUGAAUUAACAACAACUCUUUACCGUGAAAUAAUCAACAAAAAUGAAAAAGAAAUUGAAAACUUAAUAUCUACAAAAACAACUAAAAUUGCAAAUUUAAUGUCUAUUAUUGAUAAUCAUGCUAAAGAAAUCGAACGAAUCGAUGAAAUGAGAAAAAAACACGAAUACGAAUACAAUGAAAGAUUGAAAGAAAAAGAUAAAAUUCAUAAACGUGAAAAGGAAGAAAGAGAAAGAACAUAUAAACGGGAAACUGAUCUCUUGCAACAAACCAUCAAUCGUUUAGAACAAACUGUUAAUAAUUUACAAAACCAACUUA